AAAUUAAUAUAAACAAACAAACAAAUAAAUAAAAUUAUAUAAUAAAUGACCCCCUGCUGAUACAUACACAUUUGCUGUAUCUAUACUUCCACCACCGAACGGAGAUAGAGAUCGGUGAAAGAGAGAGAAUAGGAAUCUGUUUGUCCGGUGGAACCCUAGCUGAGUCGCGGCGGCGAGUGGACACUCUCUCGUCGGCGGCGAAAAUGAAGGGCCUUUUCAAGUCUAAGCCUAAAACUCCGGUCGAUAUAGUUCGGCAGACUCGCGAUCUCCUCAUCUUUGCUGAUCGCUCUGCUUCUGAGGUUCGCACUAGCAAGCGCGAAGAAAAGAUGGCUGAGUUAAGUAAACUCCUCCGAGAGAUGAAGGUGAUCCUCUAUGGUAAUAGUGAGGCUGAGCCUGUCCCGGAGGCUUGUGCACAGUUGACUCAAGAAUUUUUUAGAGAGAACACACUACGUUUGUUGAUCAUAUGUCUUCCAAAAUUAAACUUGGAGGCUCGCAAAGAUGCCACCCAGGUUGUUGCAAAUUUGCAAAGACAGCAAGUUCAUUCAAAACUAAUUGCUUGUGAUUACUUGGAAGCAAAUAUCGAUCUUAUGGAUAUACUGAUAGCAGGUUAUGAAAACCCCGACAUGGCUUUACACUAUGGUGCAAUGCUAAGGGAAUGUAUACGCCAUCAGGUUGUUGCGAGGUAUGUCUUGGAGUCCGAGCACAUGAAGAAGUUUUUUGAAAUUAUACAACUUCCAAAUUUUGAUAUUGCUGCUGAUGCUGCUGCAACUUUUAAGGAGCUUUGCACGAGGCAUAAAUCGACUGUAGCUGAAUUUCUUUCUAAGAACUAUGAUUGGUUUUUUGCAGAGUACAACUCGAAGCUGCUAGAAUCUUCCAAUUACAUCACCAGACGUCAAGCUAUCAAGCUGUUGGGCGAUAUUUUAUUGGAUCGCUCGAAUUCUGCUACUAUGACCAAAUAUGUGAGCUCAAGGGAUAAUCUUAGGAUACUGAUGAACCUGCUCAGAGAAUCGAGCAAGAGCAUUCAGAUUGAAGCAUUUCAUGUAUUCAAGUUGUUUGCUGCUAAUCAGAAUAAGCCCCCAGACAUCAUUACUAUACUUGUUGCAAAUAGAAGCAAGCUUCUGCGGCUUUUUGCAGACUUUAAGCUGGAUAAAGAGGAUGAACAAUUCGAGGCAGACAAAGCACAAGUUGUUAGAGAAAUUGCUAGUCUUGAACCCAAGGGAUGACCUGGACCCUGCAUGAAUCCAUACUUCCAGUCUUUGUAUGGUAGUGUUAUAUGUGCAGAUCAGUUAUAAAAUGUUUAUCUACAGGUUAUAAACAGAUUACAGUGUCAUAGUCCAGGGCAAAAAUGGAACUUAUACUUCCGUUCUCAUCUCCAAUCAGCUGUACAAUGUUUUCCCGAUUCUAUUUUGUAUUUGAGAUUAACAUUUGCAAGGACGUGAUCGGGAAAAUAUGAUAAACAAAGAUAAAACUAGAAUAGUUGAAGUUAAUUACUAUACAUGAGAGAUGUAUUAAAAUGUGUUUCAUCUCGUCUUCAAUUGCAAGGUCUUAUUACAUUU